AUCUAUAGACGAAAUUUCAUAAGCUUACCCUUCUCCAAUGAGCAAGAACAGUCGCAUAAAGUCUCCAAGUUGAUAAGUGCCAAAGAACUGGUAAUAUUUGACGUAAUUUCAGACGUUCAGAGCUACAAGCAGUUCAUUCCGUUCUUGGAGGAUUCUUUUGUAACAGAAAGAGAUGGAAAUGGAUAUGCUUCUGAAGCCGGACUACAGGUUGGUUGGAAACAGUAUGAUGAGAGAUUUGUGUGCAAGCUAACAUGUACUCCCCAUCAGUCUGUCAUUGCUGAAAGUAUCACCACUUCAGUAUUCGAUAGUCUCUAUACUGAAUGGAGACUUACACCAGUCAAAUCUAGAAUUACCCAUAGUGGGGAUUUGACCAAUUGCGAGUUGACCUUGAAGUAUAAGUUCAAAAACCCCUUGUAUAACACCGUCAGCUCUAUGUUCGCGGAUCAGGUCACGAGCAUUAUGAUCAAAGCAUUUGAAACCAGAGUUCGCCAGGUG